AUGGCCGUCACAAAGAAAGCCCGCCAGAGAAUCAGCUACGUCCUCGACAAUGGCAAGUCGACCAAAGGCGGACACGGCCUCGGCGUAAAUGGCCUGGCUGUGGAUGCUGCAAACAAUAUCUUGUACUCUGGUGGCCGAGACGGCAUCGUCUGCGCCUGGGACAUUCAGGCCGCUAGCGGUGACGGCACAAAUUCGACAAAAGCGACACAUACGCUACGAGCACAGACCGGUGCCCACACGAACUGGAUCAACGAUAUAACACUAGUCGAGAAUAACUCGGCCGUCGUCUCGGCGUCGUCAGACCUUGCCGUCAAGGUUUGGAGACCAAACUCCGAGGAGCAAGGAAACCAGGCUGUGAAAAUCGGCCAACAUGCAGACUAUAUCAAAUGCGUGGCUUCGUCACGGAUCGACAAAACGGCACCAUGGGUUGCUUCUGGAGCUCUGGAUCGCAAGAUUUGCCUUUGGGAUUUGAACGGCGGCGGCAAAACACUCGAGAUUGACGUUACGGGUGAAGAAAUUCCCGAAAAGGGCUCAGUGUAUGCUCUUGGCCUUGGUCGCAACUUGUUGGCGUGUGGUGGGCCGGAAAAGACGGUGCGCCUUUACGAUCCCAGGACAGGCUCCAAGGUUUCCAAACUGAUGGGACACAUUGCCAACAUUCGAUCCAUAUUGAUUGACGACAACGACGAUACUGUUCUUAGCGCUAGCGCCGACAAGACUAUCAAGCUAUGGAGUGUUCGUGGCGGUCGAUGCAUGUAUACCUUCACUAUGCAUGACGAUAGCGUUUGGAACUUGUUCUCAGACGACCCGACGCUCGGCAUAUUCUACAGCUCUGACCGAUCCGGAAUGAUUGCAAAGACAGAUGUUCGUGGAGGCAUUGAUGACAUUGAUAACGGGCUGAGCUUGGCUGUUGCUCAAGAGCAUGUUGGCAUCUGCCGCGUAGUUGCUGCCAAUGGUCAGAUUUGGGCCGCUACCGACCGAUCCUCAAUAAAUGCCUGGGCAGAUGUCGACACUGGAGCGGACGUUCAGCUGCCACAGCCAUACCGACAUCACCGCCAGGCGUCUCUCGCCUCGAACAAGUCAGUUCCUACGAGCUACCCAACGCUGGCAAUGAAGAAGAAGGAUAUCAACCCGCAAUCGGUUUUAAAGAUUUCAAACAUGGCAACACUGACUUCCCGCAGCACGUUUGAUGCUUCAAUAGCGGCUGUAAAUGAGCCUGGCUCACGGAAGGGAUCGGUUGUUGCAAUGGAUAGCGCUGAACCCGAAAUCUUGCCCGUACACCAGAUGCCCGACGACACCAUUGAAGGACAAUUCGGCCUACUCAAGCACAAGUUACUCAAUGAUAGAAGACGAGUACUCACGCUUGACACUGCUGGCGAUGUCCUCAUGUGGGACCUCUUACAGUGCAAGCCUAUUCAGAGCUUUGGAAAACAGCACAUGGAAGAUAUUGAAGUCCAAGUAAACACACAGGAAAGUGUCGCCCCUUGGUGCUCUAUCGAUGUUAGCUCGGGCAACUUGACUGUUGUUUUGGAGCCUUUCAACUGCUUUGACGGAGAAGUAUAUGCCGACGAGCUGCAACUUGAUGAAGCAAUCGAAUUUAAAGAGGAUCAGCGAAUCAGCCUGGGCAAAUGGGUACUGAGAUAUCUGUUUGCAAACUUGAUUGACGAGGAGAUUAAGCGCGACGAAGCCCAUCGCAAGCAAAUCAAUGACGAAAUCGAACGCAAAAUUACAGCAGCUGGUGGCAGCAAAAACAUGUCGCUCGAGCUAGCGCCACCAGUCUUUGAUGACGACAACGCAACUACCCCUACAGGAAACGGAACUGGAGAAUUGCUUUCGCCCGGUAUUGCUAUUGGACUCGCAUCUCCAGGCCUACCAGAACAGAGCAAUCCUCUCAAUGGAUCCAACGAUAUAUCUACCACUGGAAUUGCACCUAUUGAAGGCGCAAAGCCCGCAGAGACGGAAGGGAAAACAUCCACAGAUCUCAGUGAUAAAGAUAAAGGCAAGGAAAAGGAUAAGGCCGCAGAAGGUGGAAAGACGGGAGGCUUUGGCAAGAAAUUCCGCAUGUCAUUCAGCUCUAAAAAGCUCGGCCGUAGUGUCGCACCCCCGGUACCCGAGAAGACUGCCGUCGAGGAGAAGGCCAUCGAGUCGGAAUCGUCCUCCAACCAUGAAAAGGAAGUGGAUGAUAGCUUCUACGGAAUCAUUCAAAAGAUUCGCAACGAGUAUGAGCGAAAUGUGGCUGAUAGACCAACGCAGCUGGUUGAAACCGGCGUUACACCCAGUCUCCCAGCUGACACACCCGUCCUCAAGAUUCCGCCAGGCACGCAGAUUAUGAUUCAAGAAGAGACAUCUGGUGGCAGCUCAACCAUCUACCAAGGAAGCGUUGAAACGAUUGGCAAGGAUGCAGACGUGAUUGAGCAAAAGGCUCCCAUGUGGCUUGGUGCUGUACUACUGCAAAACCAAGUGCCGUUCAAGGAACCUGCCAAGAUUUCCUUUGUUCUGCACCCCAUGGAUGGCCUGCCUGCUGUAGCUACGGAUGGCAACAACAGACUGAAUGCCAAUCGCAUGCUCCGCGUGCGCAAGAUUCUCGCCUAUGUUCUCGAACGUAUUGAUGGACCAGGCGAGCCUGACGACCAGCCAGACGAUCCCGAGUCCCUCUUGGAGCUCCAGUGUAACUCGAUUACACUUAAACCUAGGAUGAAUCUUGCAACCCUUCGCACUCAGAUCUGGAAGGGCGGAAAUGACAUCGUCAUGUACUACAAGCUGAAGGAGGGUGCUCGAAGCCUGCGUCCGCUGCCACUUGUUCCUCCAGCUCCUCCAGCAGAGGAAGCGGCCCCUGGUGCAGCUACUAGUACCACUGGUACUGCUACGACACCUGCUCAAUAG